GCAACCGGCAUUGCCAUCAAGCGGCAGACGGUUGUCCACUGGCCUCGCGUGCACUUCGUUCACCAGCGAAUCAUUAUGGCCUUUUCCAGUUCACCAACUCCAUCAUCAUCAUCAUCAUGGGAUUACCCGUUGCUACAGGGAUUACGUUUGCAAAAUGAUACGGAAUCAUCGCUGGUUUUGAUGCCGCCAACCACGACGACAACGUAUAGUUUUACACCUGGUCACAUCCUCUGGUUGGUGAUCAAUGCUAUGCUGUUUGCCUUAAUCCUGGGUGGAAAUAUCCUAACCAUUGUGGCGGUUAGAACCUGUCGUCAUCUUCGUUCGGUUAUCUCCAACCUGUUCAUCCUUUCGCUGGCCGUCUCCGACUUUUGUGUGGGCCUGGCUCUGCCCUAUCAUCUGGUCUUCUACAUGGGUUCCGGUGGGAUUGGUGCCAUGCGAGCUCCUUGUUUGCUGCGCUUUUUCCUACUGAUCUGCGCCUGCUGUGUCUCCAUGCUGACCCUCAUCUCCAUAGCCGUGGAUCGUUAUAUAGCAGUGGUAUAUGCCCUGCAUUACAGGAGAUACAUGACCCGAAGGGUGGCCUACAGCAUCAUCAUUUGUAACUGGUGCUUGGGCGCCUUGGUGGCCCUGCUGCCUGUCUUCUGGAAUCGCUGGCCCGAGGCCAUGGCCUGUGAGUUUGAUGAGGUCUUAGCUCCUGGCUAUAUAGCCGGUGUGAUAACGCCCGGAUUUGUCAUCAUUUGGAUUUGCAUGCUCCUCGUCUACUGGCGAAUUAUGAGGGAGGCCACCAGGCAGGCCCAAAGAUUGCGCCAGUCGGUGGUUUAUAAUACGGAUGAGGCCACCACGAUGCGCAGCUUGCUGCUGCAUCCGGAUUGGAAGAGUGUCCAGAUUGUGGUCUUCAUCAUGGGUUGCUUUACGAUCUGCUGGCUUCCGUACUUCUGUGUGGCCAUUGCCCAGCUGUUUAGCAUCUGUCGGAGCAGCUCGAUGAUCUACAAGGUGACCUUCUCCCUGGCCAUGGCCAAUUCGGCCUUGAAUCCCAUUAUUUACUCGUGGAAGAAUUCCGGUUUCCGACGAGCCUUUGCCCAGACGCUGUGCUGUCGAACAUCGAGGCAGUGCGAGGAUCAGCUGCCGGCGGAUAGUAAGCACCGCAUGGAGGCCACCUCCUCCUCGAUGGGGUAUCAUCAGCAGGAGGUCAAAAGGGAGAUCAAAAUGGAAGUCAAGGAGGAAGUGAAGCAGGAGGUGAAGUUGGAAGUGAAAAUGGAAAUCAAGGAAGUCAAGGAAGUCAAGCCAAAGGCUAUACAAUGA